AAAAGGUGGAUAAAUCACUGCAACAUUUCCCGAAGAAAGAGAUGUUUGUGAACGAGACGGCGUCGUCUGCUACAGCACGAGACUCUUAUGAGUCAUUUGACUGUUCCGAGGCCGUGGCAUUGAUAGGCUUCAUUGGCUUACUGUCAAACUUUCAAAGCAUCAUAGAUUAUUAUGUUAAGAACGGUCGGCGCAGACGCAGGAAAGACGUCAACUCUGAUAUUCCUCUAACAGCUGAUCUCAGCAGUGCUCACUGGGAGGACAUAAUCCAAACUGUGUUGAAGAGCUUACAGUGGACAGGAGAAACAGCCGAUGAACCACAAGAAGAGGAGGAGGAUAACAGAGGUAAAGAUAUGACCAGGAAGGCAGAGAGGAAUAACGAAGAUGGAGCAGAUGAGACCAGAGACACAAUAAGAGUGGAAAACGUAAUGGCAUCUGCUAUUCCUGACAGGGAGAUGGAGCCCUUGGAACAUCUAACAGCUGCAGAAACUGACGACAUAAACCAUGACCUAGGGAGCAGCUCGAGCAUCCUUCAAGAUUUCGCCCACAUUGGUCCUCAGAUGGCGAUGUGGUUAGUUGACCUGGGUGAUGGGCGGGUUUCAUCUGAAGAGGGACGUGCAGGCGUGUGUAGGGCGGCCAACGCGCUCACAAAACACCACGGCUGGCUAGGAUCCAUUGCUGCAAAACUCCUCAUGAGAACAUUUGUUGGAGCCCUAGCCAAGGAUGAGCCCACAAGGAGCCUGCUGCAGGAGGCGGGUGUGGCUAUGGGGACACCCACCUGCCCAGGCAGUAGCUAGAAAGCAGCAUGAUGUAGGAAACAGGCACCUCCACUCCCCCUUAAUGCUAACUUUGAGAUAUACACAAAAGUUAUGCCAUUCUAUAGAACCGGGUGCCAUGCUGUGUUCAACAGUGCUGCCAUGCAGCACGACAACUGUGCUGUACGGAGUGGCAUCACUGUGCUGUAAGGAGCGGCAUCACUGUGCAGCAGUACUAUGCAGCGCCACAAUUUAGUUAGAAAGAGAAAAAGUGUGUGCGAAUUACACAAGUGUAAAUGAACAAAUGAACAAAGUGCAUCACGUUAGUGUGAUCUCUGUGUGUACACAAGUGUAAUGUAAUUACCUAAGUGUAGUUACAGGAUGAGAGCUACGCUCGUGGUAUCCCAUCUUCCCAGCACUGUCAUAUAACACUUUGAAGGUACUGAUGGUUUUGGCCUCCACCACCUUCUCACUUACCUUGUUCCGUCUACCACUGUUUAAAAUUGAACCCGUUGGGAUGAUGGAUGAGGGUUGAGCACUGGCUGCUCUACUAGCCUCACUCUCCAUCCCCUCUAAGAAGCAACUUUUGACUUUGGGUCGAGCUCUGGACUGCAAGGCCGCCAAGAACGCUCCCACAACUGGGCUACGACUGCUUCUGUCCAUAUACACAUGUGUGUCUGUCACACAUGUAUGCACAUGUGUACACAUACCUUAUACACCAAUUUAAUACACAGAUUAUUACUACAAGCUGUUAUAAAUCUCAUUGUAGCUUCCAGGAUACAAUAAAAAAAUUAUUUCAAAAUAAAAUA